GUGCGGCCUGAGAAGUGCUGUGUGCCAGUCUCUGGGAGCGAAGGAGAACGAGCGGAGCGACGUGCGAGGCUGAGAUCUACGUUUACCAUGAUAUCCAUUCCAGACUUCUACAAGGGAAAGAAUGUUCUCAUCACAGGAGCUACGGGCUUCAUGGGAAAAGUACUUCUCGAGAAACUCCUGAGAUCAUGCCCUGGUGUCAAGGCGGUCUACGUUCUCGUCAGACACAAAGCUGGUCAGGAACCCAAGGACAGAGUCACAGAAAUGUUGAGUUGUAAGUUGUUUGACCGGCUGAGAGAGGAGCAGCCAGACUGUGCCAAGAAAGUUAUUGCAAUAAGCAGUGAACUCACACAACCAGAGCUAGAUCUAAGCAAGCAAGACCAGGAAACGUUAACAGAGACUAUAGAGAUUGUUUUCCACUGUGCAGCUACAGUCCGGUUCAAUGAAUCUCUUAGAGAUGCCAUGCAAUUAAAUGUCAUUGCGACACAGCAAAUGCUUCAUCUGGCCCAGCGAAUUAAAAAACUGGAAGUCUUCAUUCACGUAUCCACUGCCUACGCAAACUGCAACAGGAAACACAUUGAAGAAAUUGUCUAUCCACCCCUGGUUGAUCCCAAGAAACUCAUUGAAUCGCUUGCAUGGAUGGACGAUAGCCUUGUCAAUGACAUCACUCCAAAACUUAUAGGUGACAGACCGAACACUUACACCUACACAAAGGCACUGGCUGAGUAUAUAGUCCAGCAGGAAGGCAGCAAGCUGAACAUAGCCAUCGUUAGACCAUCCAUUGUUGGCGCAAGCUGGAAAGAACCAUUCCCGGGCUGGAUUGAUAAUUUCAAUGGUCCAAGCGGUCUCUUCAUUGCUGCAGGAAAGGGCAUCCUGCGCACAAUGAGGGCCUCUAACAACGCUGUUGCAGAUCUCAUCCCAGUAGAUGUUGUUGUCAACACAACAUUAGCAGCUGCCUGGUAUUCUGGAGUUAAUAGGUAUAGCAGACCUAAAAAUAUCAUAGUCUACAACUGCACGACAGGCGGAACAAAUCCUUUUCAUUGGGGUGAAGUUGAAUACCAUGUAAUUUCCACUUUCAAGAGGAAUCCUCUCGAACAGGCCUUCAGACGGCCCAAUGUAAAUCUAACCUCCAAUCACCUUUUAUAUCAUUAUUGGAUUGCUGUAAGCCAUAAGGCCCCAGCACUCCUGUACGAUAUCUACCUCAGGAUUACUGGAAGAAGCCCAAGGAUGAUGAAGACUAUCACUCGUCUUCACAAAGCCAUGAUGCUUCUGGAAUAUUUUUCAAGUAACUCCUGGGUGUGGAACAACGAGAACACCAACAUGCUCAUGAGCCAACUGAGUAUAGAAGACAAAAAGGCCUUUAACUUUGAUGUCAGACAGCUCCAUUGGGCAGAAUACAUGGAAAACUAUUGCAUGGGGACCAAAAAAUAUGUUUUAAAUGAGGAAAUGUCCGGUCUCCCUGCGGCCAGGAAACACUUAAACAAAUUACGGAAUAUCCGUUAUGGAUUCAAUACCAUCCUUGUAGUCCUUAUCUGGCGUGUGUUCAUAGCCAGGUCACAGAUGGCAAGGAAUAUCUGGUACUUUGUUGUUAGUCUGUGUUUCAAGUUUCUCUCCUACUUCCGGGCAUCUAGCACCAUGAGAUAUUGAGGACUGGAGGUUUUUUUUUCUUUCUUUUUUUUUUCUUUUGCAUCUGGACAUCUAUGCACAGAGCAGCAACCUGCACAAAAUCCGUCAUAUGUAACGUGUCCUUCACGUGUUGCGUACAGCCAUUCUACUAUCUAGGUCCAAAUAACCAAUUCUGUUUACAUUGUAUGACGUUUUCAAGUGUACCUUACAGAUUAAUCACACAAGUCAGAUUGAAAAAGCAUUAAACUGCUAAAAGGUUUAUUAAAAAGAAAUAUAUAUACAUAUUUAGGCAGAGAAUUUUAAAUAUUUUCACAUCAAAUUCAUAUUAAAAUUCAACGUCACAUUUCAUCUUCAGUGCACAGCAUUUAUUGCCUUUAAUGAUUUGCACAGACUUCUUGCCUCCACUGUGGACCUCACUGAUAAAGUCCUUCGUAAAGUUGCACUAAGCAGAGUGGACACUGUUUGAGUGUUACAGUUUGUGUUAUGGCGUGUAAGUCUGAAUAAGUGCUUAUUUACUCAUUUUCUUUGCCCCGUCCCUUUUCAGUCUUAUUUAUUUCAUUUUUUAUUUUAUUUUAU